AAACAAACAAACAGACAGACAGACAUCAUUCAAUUGAACGCUAUAUAAAUUAGUUUCGAUUCAAUAUUUGCGUUUAUAACACACACGAUACAAUACAAGAAAACCCCAAACCCAAACCAAAAUCAUGUCUCCAACCCCCUUUCUCCGCCUCCUCCGCCGCACAACCAUCCCACGCAGCGCCCUCACUCGCCCAUCCCCCCUCCCCGUCCGCACUUUCACCCACACUGCCAGCCCCCUCUUCCCACGCAAAGACUCCCAACACAAAGACAGCAUCGACACCACCGCGACCGAAUACUCCAAAUCCGGAUCCGACGACGCAGCGGCACGCGAAGAAUCCGCCGCAUUCGAUCCGAGCAUCACCUCUCCCGAGUCUGAGAAGUCCGAAGCGGGAAAGGGGGGAGACGGGAAUCCGCUGGAUGUGAGUCCGGCGAAUCAGGAGGUGAGUCAGCCGAGGGGGGAACAGGAGGGUGGCGCGGAGAGGAGUCCUGGGGAUAAGAAUGUGAGUGGGAAGAAGGGGAGUGGGUUUGGAAAGGGGGGGAAAUAGGGAUAUAUAAGAUGUGGUGGGAUUGAAGAUAUUUUAUGUAUAUGAUUGUAGGAAACGGAAAGGAUGGAAGUAUGGAAAUGGGAAAAUCGAUAAUAUGAAUCUAUAGUCGUCA